GUUCAAUCACACACUCUGCGAAGCUUACGUGGAGGAAAACUGGUCUCCCGGCCAGGUGGUCACCAACCUUGUGGCCACGGACCUUGAUGCCUGGGACCUGGGCAAGCUGAGAUACACCGUCCUGCACCAGACCUCAGAAGCAGCCGUCACCAUGAACAAGGAAGGCAGUCUAUACACUGAGACACCCCUGAAUCGCGAGUCCCUGCCCGUGCACAGCCUCAAGGUGUCCGUGAUGGACGAAGAGAUCCAGGCCAGCUUCACGGUGGUGUGCGACAUGAACAAAAACCCACCAGUCUUUACGCUGCCGGAGUACCAGGCGAACAUCAUGGCUCCCAGGACGACCAUUCUUAAGGUCAUUGGUGUUAAGCUCACCGGGGAGCUGAGCAGUUGGACAUCACCCAAAGACAUCAUAUUGAAGGUCGCUGGAAUUCUGACAGUUAAAGGCGGCACUGGGGCAUUGGCCUGGCAUCGGUAA